AUGGAAAUACUCCAGACUAAAGAGACAAUAGAGCAGAAGAUGGAAAAGACCCAUGAUUCGAUAGAUGAGGACUUCCCUCCUACUGCUAAUUCUCUUUAUAAUACCAUAAAUACGAAGCUCAGCAAAUAAAGAGUUAGAGACUUGGCAAAAUUUUGAAUGGAGACGCCCACACGAAAUUUUUCAGGGAAAGUUUUGUCUAUUCUCAGAUAGUAUCGAUCCUUGAGACAUCAAGCAAGGUUGCCUUGGGAACUGUUAUUUCCUUUCAGCGAUUAGUGCAAUGGCUGAGUUUCCUAACCAAGUUAAGAAAAUAUUCCUUCACAAAGAAAUUAAUGAAGAUGGCAUCUAUGCAGUUAAUUUUACUCUGGGAGGGGAGAACUAUACAGUACUAGUCGAUGAUCACAUUCCAUAUUAUGUAAAAUAAAAACAAACCUGCAUUUUCCCAGUCUAAAGGCAAAGAACUAUGGGUUAUGCUGCUAGAGAAAGCAUGGGCUAAAGUCAAUGGCAAUUAUGAAAAUUCCAUCAAAGGAUUUGUAUCUGAAGCCUUUAGAGCUUUAACAGGAGCGCCAGUGGUUUUCUUCAAGCAUAUGUACAUCCAGGAUAUUUGGGAAGAAAUCUCCGAAGCUGACAUGAACAAAUAUAUCAUCUGUGCUUCCUCUGGUGAAGGUCAGCUGAAUAAAGAGAGAUAUGAUGAAAUGGGGCUUAUUAGCGAACAUGCAUAUUCAGUUAUUGCAGCCACAGAAGUUGAUACAGCCAAAGGGAGAGAACGGCUUCUCAAACUUCGAAAUCCAUGGGGUCAUAAGGAGUGGAAAGGAAAAUGGAGCGACAACGAUGAGUCCUGGACUGACGAACUCCGUAAAGCUCUUGGCUGCCAAGAAAUUAAUGAUGGUGUAUUUUUCAUGUGUGUAGAAGAUUAUCUUAGUUAUUUCCGAACCACUGUUAUAUGAAAAUUACAUGAAGAUUUUGUAUCCCAUUCGAUAAGGUGAAAGCAUAAUACUGGUGAUUAUAACCUCAUAAAGAUCACUAUUGAAGAUGAAGGCAAGAUAUUUUUUACAGUGUCACAGCUAAACCAAAGAUGGGCAAGAAGACAUAAUGAAUAUGAGCCAUCCUUUGUUAGAAUGUUAUUAUCAAGAGUAGUACCAGAAGACGAAGAUGAUUCAGAAGACUUCCCUUUAGAGUACAUAGAAGGAAAAUGUUGGAAAGAUGAGGAUACAACAAUUGAGUGAUACUGAAUACCUGGAGAAUAUUUAGCUUACAUAGAAAUCUAUUGGUUUGAUGACACGCAGUUCAAUGAUCUUGUUUUCAGAACUUACUCAGAGAUAGCACCUAUAAUUGAAGAAAUUGAUAAGGAUGAAUAUCCCAAUUUCCUUUCAGAAACUCUUAAAACAUGAGCUAGGAAUUCUAGUGUCGUUAAGACUUAUGCAGAUAAAGGCGAACCAGAUAUUUUCAGGUCCUUUAGUAUUACAGAGUCUAAAGCUGAGUACGGAUUUCUUUACUAUGAAAAUAACUCAGCAGGAACAAUUCUGAGAGAGAUUGUGAAAUUUAGUGAACUCGAAAACCUCCAAAUCUUACCGCCAUACAGUGGUGAAAUGGUUGAAGUAAAGGUUCCUCCAGGGAUGAACGAAAUUAUAGUUCUUAACAGAGACGAUAGAGGCUGAUCCUUUAACAGUACCUAUUAUACAGCUCUUAUAAAACCUGUUGAAGAGACUCUCAAAGUGAUCACUGAGAGGGGUAAGAGAAAGCAAAUUGAAUACAAUGAUGAAAAAUACGAGGUGUACUAUUAUACUUAUAAAGAUGGAAGUGGAUACCUCUGGUAUUUUGAAAAUAGAUCUGACGAACUUGAUGACAAGCAAGCUUAUAUUUUUGAAGGAACCUUCUACUUCAAACUAGAAAAUCUCGAAAUUGACAGCGAUGAGUAUCGAGAUAAGCAAGAAUGGAAGGUCACACUCAAGCCAGGGGAGACUUCUUAUGUAAAAUUCCUUCUAAAAGAUGUUACUAAAUCAUGGGGCUAUAAGUAUUCCUACAGCUUCAAGGUUAAGGAGGCUGUCUUAAACAACUCAAAAUUGAUAGAUAAAGUAAAGGAGUUUGGAAAACGGAAGCAAAUCUCUUACAAAGAUGAAAAAGUAGAUGUAUUCUACUACAUUUAUUUCAUUAAUGAGCGAUACAUCUGGUAUUACGAGAACCUUACUGAUAAAAAGUUCAGGGCUACCUUCAAUUUCGAGCUCACCAAUUUGAAGAUUGACAGAGAGGAAGAAAAAGAUGAGGAAGAUGGUGAAGAAGAAGGAUGGAAAAUCCUUCUUCUCCCUGGUGAGACUUGUAUCAAAAGUAUCUCUAGAAUAGACCAGAAAUGAGAAUCCAAAUAUAGAAGCUCUUAUUCCUACAGGUUGUCCGCAAAUGAUGACGAGUAAUUUGUUAAUUCAACUUUAAAAUUA